AUGAGUUCAUAUCCCCGCCUUUUUGUAGACAAUUUGCCUUAUAGUACAGAGUUAUCAGAUAUUCACAAACUCUUUGAUCGUUACGGUCCCAUUGAGAGCGCAAAAUUACUGACCUCUCGCGAUGGGAAAUUCAAAGGAUCCGCCUUAGUUGAAUACUUAAGGUUUCAAGAUGCAGAAUAUGCAAGAGAUAAAGUCGAUAGAACGAAAUUCAAGGGAAAAACCAUUUACGUAAAAAUAGAUGCUGAUAGGCCACGUGGCCCACCGCCGGCACCAGAUAGGAGACGCUCACGAAGAUCCGAUUUAGAUUUAAGACCACCACGUGAUUACAAGCCACAGCCAGUUCCUGUCGCUAUGCCCCCCGUUAUGCCUUUACCAAUGCGACCUCCUCAGAUGGCUCAGGCAAUGGUGUAUGCUGCACCAGUUGCUGGUAUGCCAGUUUAUCCGCAACAGGCUAAUUAUCAGGCUUAUGCAGCAUAUGCUGCACAACCUCCUCAAGGAUAUUCUCCACAAGAGCCUCAAACAUAUGCUGCACAAGAACCGCCUGCUCCGAAAGAAUCUACACCACGAUUAUCACCAGAAAUAGAAUUCUAUAGAGAAGUUUUACAAUUAUACGCAGAAGAAGUCUCUUGUGUUGUUAAAGAUAAUACAGCUAAUCACAAAAUUACAAUCGAUAAACUUGGAAUAGCCCAUUUACCGAAUGAGUAA